UUAGGCUUCGGAAGAGUCAUCUGAGUCAUUCACUGGUUCGCCUGAUUAUCGAUGGUCGAUCAAUAAACAACCUUUUUCAACUACUGCAAUAUCAGAAGCUCUGUUUAGAUUAUAUCCUAGUUUAAUACCUAAAGAUGACCCUGAAUGGUUCUGUAAUAAAGCACAGUUGCAAUACCAAAAUAUUUGUGUACCAUGGAAGAAAAUACGUUACGAUCUAAAGAUAUUUUGCUACGACUACGCGGAUGUAUGCGAAGUACCAAAUCAUAAUGGUGGUAAUAUAUUCGAUGAUGGACGGCCUUUCGGGCAUGGUCAAAAGCAAACAGAUGGAACAGUUGGUGUUGGAAAUAGUUUUGCUCUAGGUCUUGGACCUGUACCAGGUUUUGAAGUAGUUGCAAGCCAAGGUGUUGAUGUUGGCCCAAUUGGUGGCUUUGUGCUGAACAAAGGCAGUGAAUUAGGUAUUCUCGGAGAACGGAUCGGACGGGGACCAGCACGAUCUAUUGACGGCUUAGCUCAUGGCUAUUCAACUUUCGAUCCUUAUUCUUUCACGCAACGACAAACUGCUGACUUACAGCAAAAUUUGUUUCGUUCUCUUGGACUGGGCAAUUUACCUGCACUAGGAAACUGUUAG